UAUGGGAAAGCAGAGAGAGAGAGAGAGAGAGAGAGAGAGAGAGAGCGUACGGAUUCGCAUGACUUGGAGGGCAAGCUGUGCGACUGCAACAACGCCACCUUCUUCUUCCUCCUCCUCCUCCUCCUCUACUUGAUACAUUUUUCUGCCCUGAUCCAUUUUCGUUAUCGGCCAUGGAAGCAUUCUCUCUGAGCUGCUGCACUUGCAUGGAAGCUUCUCUUGCUCUGUGCCGGUAGGAACUGACAUCGUCACGCGGCAUUUAAAUCCCCAAAACCGUUUUGUCGUCCCUCUGCUGAGAAGGAAACGUAUCAUCAGCAGCAAUCAUCGAGAAGGCGGCGGCCCGACUGGGUUCAGAGGGAAAUGUGAUUUUUUCCGUACAGUAAUUUCGCUCAUCAAUGUCCCAUUUGCUGGUGGGGCAGGGGGUUGCUUCCCUAAAGGAUUCCGAGUGAUUUUUAGCUUUGGAAGUUUCCGUUCGUCGACACGACAGCCAGCCAUGUCUCAGACCAACUGGGAGGCCGAUAAAAUGUUAGACAUAUAUAUACAUGACUACUUUGUGAAAAGGAAUCUGCAUGCUACAGCAAGGGCAUUUCAAGCUGAAAGCAGAAUUCCAAGGGAUCCUGUCGCUAUUGAUACUCGUGGAGGUUUUUUGAUGGAAUGGUGGUCCGUCUUUUGGGAUGUAUUUGUUGCCAGAACUAAUGAGAAACACCAUGAGUUCGCUGCAUCUCCCAUUCAGCCACAAAAGUCGUCACAGCAUCAGUCUUUGGCACCCCAGCACCGUGGGAAACGCCCACAGCAGAUUCCAAAGCAGGGGCAGUCGCAACAGCAGCAAUUUUCGAAAGGAACUGCUGAUGUGAUCAGCAGUAAAAGCACCUCUCUGAAGAGACAGAAAACUGUGAGUGCAAAUCCUUCAGCAGCAGGGAUGUAUGAGGGAAGAUUGAACCUUCCACUGCCCAUGCACCUGCAUAGCCCCAAUGAUAAUUUGACCAACAUUCUGGAACCGUAUCAAUUGCAAAUGUUGAAGUCGGCUGCAAUCAGUGGUCGACUGUCUGGGCAAACAUUGCAUGGGAUACUUAGGGGCAAUUCAAGAAAUCUUGAUCAGGUUCACAAGACUAGUCAACAACAUGUGGGCAUCAGGAGUAAGAUGAAUUCAGUGGCAGCUAGCAGAGCUGCUGGUUCGGAAGAAUCAUCAUUACUAAUGACUGGUUUGGGAUUAGAUCAAGGUGGUAGCAGUUUCCCUUUAAAAGGGUGGCCUCUAACAGGCCUUGAUCAGCUUCAAUCAGGGUUGUUUACCCCACAGAAGUCUUUCAAUCAGGUGCAGUCGAGGCAGCCCUUCAUGCUUCAACCUGGGCAAACUACUCUUGGAACUGUUAGUGAUUUGGAAGCCCAUACACUAAGGAUGCUUCUUGGUAGUAAUAGGAGUGUGGAUCAUAGUUUAAGUCACGUUCUUCCUAUUGGUAGUCCUCCAUUGCAAAACAAUUCUCCUGUGCCUUCUGUUGGAGACAUGGAUGCCCUGUUAAUGCAACAGCUGCUGAAUAGCAACCAGCAGCAGAAACUGUGCCUGCAGAACUCACCUAUACGGCAGGAAUCUAUGAACCAAAAUGAUCAGGCUGCAGAACAUGAAAUUGGGCCUAAAAGUGAGCAGCCUUUGCCAGUAGCAAGUCCUGCCAUUAACUCGGAAACUGCAAAUACUCUGGGACCAUCUCCCAGUUCUGUGUCAACUCUCCCUGCUCACCUACUUGGGCAUGAACCACCUGUCCCCUCAAUGUCUUCACUGACAUUUGCUGCUGAGGCUGUAGAUCUACUAAAGUUACCAACCACACAGUUGGCUGACAGGGAUUGUUUUCUGAAUGAUGAAUCUUCGGAGGCCAACAUAGGGUCGCCCUUAUCCCGUGAAGAUGCGAUUACCAGUAGUGGAGUGAGAUUGGAUGAUAAUGGAACGGGCAGUGAAGGUUUCUCUGUCAAGGAGAUCUACGUUCUUCCUCCAGGCCAAAGCAAAGUUGAAUGCUGUGAUUUCUCUUCCGGUGGAAAGUUCUUGGUAACUGGUGGACAUGAUAACAAGGCAACUCUAUGGUGCACUGGAUCAUUUUCAAUGAUGUCCAAACUCGAAGAACACUCCAUGUGCAUUACCGAUGUCCGGUUCAGCCCAAGCAUGCCAAGGCUCGCUACUUCCUCUGCUGACAAGACAGUCAGGAUCUGGAACGUUGAUCAUCCGGGCUGUUCACUCCAUACUUUCACAGGACAUUCAGGCCCGGUUAUGUCACUUGACUUUCACCCCUCUAAAGAUGAUCUUAUCUGCUCAUCUGAUUGCGAUAACGAGAUACGGUACUGGAGCAUUAAGAGCGGCCGUUGCUCCGGUGUUCUUAAGGGUGGUGCAAAUCAUAUGAGGUUUCAGCCCCGGCUUGGUAGGUCUGUAGCAGCUGCGGCGGAAAAUUUUGUAUCCUUACUCGACGUGGAGACUCAAGUCUGCAGACAAAAGUUACAGGGUCAUCAGAGUACAAUACACAAACUGUGCUGGGAUUCUCCGGGGGAACUUCUGGCAUCAGUGAGUGAUGACUUAGUCCAGGUUUGGGCGGUCGGUUCCGAUGUGAAAGGGCAGUUAGUUCACGAGUGGCAUAGCAGUGGGAAGAAGUUUCGCUCCUGUAUUUUCCAUCCCAGACGGCCCUCGGUACUUAUAAUCGGCUCGUAUCAGACUCUAGAGCUCUGGGACAUGAAAGAGGACCAGAAGACGUCACUCCUUGCACAUGAGAACUUGAUAUCAUGCUUGGCAGCAUCAAAUGUCGACGGCUUCAUGGCUUCGGCGAGCUACGACAAGUGUGUCAAGAUCUGGAAUUAGCCUAAGUGAUCCUUCCGACUUUUUGAUAGAGAUGCACGACUCUACUAGUUUGGGUUCAUGGAGAUGCACAUAGUUAUAUAGUCACAUCUGAUAAAACACUAAACAGUUUGCUUUUGUAGUUUUACUUCGAACUCAGUUGACGAAUGGAGAAUCCAAGUCGAAAACAGGCAGAUUAGAUAGUGAA